CAGAUGUUAACGUCUCUGCACUUUGAUGUCGUUUUUAAAAUCUAUAGCUGUAUAUACGUAAAUGCUGUGUUUUCGCUGCUGUGGUCGCCAUUUUGCUAGCGGUCAAAGGUCUGAACGAAGGAUAAAAAAUCGGCACAAAUCGCUGAAUGAACGGAUUUGCAAACGUCGUUUGUUUGGAUGCUCUGCGGUAACAAGAGGAUACCAUGUCCAUUGCAUGGCUGUAAAAGAGUGUACAGUGACACAAGUGCUCUGGAAAGCCACAUCAAGGAUCAUGAAAUCCCAGCUCAGUCUCUACCUGGUAAAGUGUUGCUGUGCUCUACGGUGGGCUGCAGUGGUUCCUUCUCUAGCAUGCAGAAACUGAUGGAACAUAUGAGGCAUCAUCAUAAACCCAACAUUUUCUUCCAGUGUGAAAGCUGUCGCACCAAGUUGCGAUCAUACCGUGGCCUACUGACUCACCUGCACACCUGUUCUAAAGUGCCACGGGGUAAAUCAAAGCCUCCUGAACAGACACCCCCCCAGGCUGCAGCUGUUACCAACCCAAACAUAGCCCCACGGCUAGAAUCAGUGUCUGCACCCCAGCAACUGCCCUCUCACAUCCCAAACCCCGAUGGAGCCAUCCACCCUGCUGAUCCUCAGGCAGACUCCUCAAGCCCCGCUCUGCUUGGUUCCUCUGGUUUGCCUCUCCCAGAAACCUCUUCUCAGCAAACCCUUAUGGAAAAAGCCCCUAAUAUACCCCCAUCUCUAAAUAUGGAUGGUUCACAAGCAAAUCCUGACCCUCCUGAUUUCCAGGGUCAACACCAGACACAGACCAGGUCUCCUGAGCCCAUUCACCCUUCUCCAGUAUCCACGCCUCACUCUCCUCCUGGGUUGUCGGCUGUCUGGAAGAAGAAUCAAGGUGUGGCCUACAGCAGACGUAUCCUUUGGGAGCACACCAGAGGACGCUAUACAUGUGUGCAGUGUGGCCACAUGGUAACCAACCGCAAGGAAAUGACUCAACACAUCAACAGUCAACACAGCAGUAUCAAAGCUGUAGAAGAUACAGGGAGCUCUGCUACUAAGGCAUAGUGCAGGAACUCUAAUCUGCUAUAUCUGUCAAGAUUUUAGACAAAUUCUGAGUGCUGGCUAUGUACUGCAGGAUUUACCCAGAGUGAAGAACCCACAGGAGUAAUGUGCUUAUAUUUAUUUGGGAAAUGAUGUUAAGAAAAUUUUGCAGAAACAAAAUAAUUGACAUCUUCACCUCCUGCUUAAAUAAAGGUUAAAGUUUG